GUUAAUAUUUUUAAAGGAACGAAUUAACUAGUGGAAAAACAAAAAUAAUGCGACCUAACCUAAGAUUAAUAAUAAAAACAAGUAUUGGUGUAUUAUUUUUAUUUUUCUACUGCGAAUUCUUAGUUUUUUAUAUAGUUCAGUUCAGUUGUUCCUGGCCAGAGUUAAGCAAAGAUAAUGAAGAUAAGUCAAUUGAAGGAUCAUAUGAGAAUCCAGUCAAAGUUAUGGUUAUAUCCGAUACACAUUUGCUCGGCUCUAGAAAGGGUCAUUGGUUUGAUAAGCUGCGAAGGGAGUGGCAAAUGUACAGAGCAUUCCAGACAGCCAUGACAUUGCAUUCACCUGAUUUAGUAUUUGUUCUUGGAGAUCUUACAGAUGAAGGAUUGUACUGUAGUAGUACUGAAUUCGAAAAUUAUGUCCAAAGAUUUUAUAACAUAUUUUCAGUUCCGGAAAGUACUAAGUUGUAUGUCGCUGUUGGGAAUCAUGACAUUGGGUUCCACUACGGUGUUAGUCCUUAUCUCAAUCAGAGAUUCGUAUCUGCUUUCAAUUCUCCAGCUGUCCAGCUCAUUACAGUACGAGGAAAUCACUUUGUUUUAGUGAAUAGCAUGGCUUUGGAAGGAGAUGGCUGUUUUCUGUGUAAACCUGCAGAACAACAGUUAACUAAAAUCGAAAAAAUUCUUCAGUGUACCAAAGGCACUUAUACAGAAAAAUGUGGUCCAAAAAUGAAGUUAGACAUAUAUAGCAGGCCAAUUUUGAUGCAACACUAUCCACUGUAUCGGCAGUCAGAUAUGGAAUGUAAUGAUUUUGAUUCUGCGCCAUUUCCUAUAAAGCAAGAAAUAUUUCGGGAACGGUGGGAAUGCCUCAGCCAAGAAGCUACUUUACAGCUUCUUAAGCAGGUGAAACCACGACUGGCUUUAUCUGGUCAUACUCACCAUGGUUGUACUAGGCCACUUCCUGUUGGAGACGGGUUAGAAAUUACCAUUCCUAGUUUCAGCUGGAGAAAUAAAGACAACCCGAAUUAUUUGUUGGCAGUUUUUACUCCCAACAACUAUGCGUAUACAAAAUGCGAGCUACCAAAAGAAUCUUCAGUCAUCAUCCUUUACGUUUUUGGAAUAACAGUUUUUAUUUUCUGGUUGGUAUACUCACUAAUGUGCAGAAGUAGGCGUAUAAAUAUUUCCAAUAAAUAUCUCUGACGUCGUUCAACAUUUUGGUGAACUAAUUAUGAUUCAAUCAGGGGCAAAACUGGUUUCUUUUCAGACAUUAUAUCGAUGGCGAAAUGUGGAUACAUACCGUUUUUUUUAAUUUUUUGUGGCUCAUUCAAAGCCUCAAUUCUUUUUUUAGUUUAUGAAUGAAGGCGGAGUACUUGAAAA